AUGUCGGAUACAUUGCUUGAAAUUUUCACGUCGAAAAAAGAUCUUACAUUUUCUUCCGUUAUUAUUCCUCGCUCAGCUAAUAUACCUACCAAUAUAACCUAUAAUCGUCUGUUAGUUAUCCUUCAUGACUUUGCCAAAAAGUUGGCUGACCAAGUUCCAGCAAGUGCUUUGGCACCCGGCACUUCCAUUUCUAUCAGCUACCCCAACUCACUUGAAUUUACGAUCGCCUUUUUAGGUGUCACCUUUAUGAGAUUGAUUGCCUCACCUUUAAACCCUGCUUACACAGAAGAUGAGUUCAACUUUUAUUUAGAGGAUGCUAAAAGUUCAAUUAUCAUUUUACCCAAAGGAGCCACCAAUGUUAAGAGUAAUCCUGCUGUGCUAGCAGCUCAGAAACAAGGAGCCAUCGUUGUGGAAGUUCAUUGGAACGGUAAUUCUUUAGAAGUAGAUGCACAUGUACCACGUAACAAGUCAAUUGGGGCUCGCCGUACCAUUGAUGCGUUUUCACCCAGACCCGAUGAUGUUGCUUUACUAUUGCACACUAGUGGUACAACUGGAAGACCAAAGGGCGUGCUUCUCACUCAUCUCAAUAUUCUUACAAGUAUGAGGAAUAUUAUCAACACAUAUGAGUUAACAGCAAAGGAUCGCUCUUUAGUUGUUAUGCCAUUGUUUCACGUUCAUGGCUUAGUGUGUGGUCUUUUGUCUACAUUACUGUCUGGUGGCGUAGCUGUCAUUCCUCAAAAAUUCAGUGCCUCACAUUUCUGGCAAGACUUCACGGACAAUGGCUGUAACUGGUACACAGCUGUACCUACCAUUCAUCAAAUACUUCUUCGCAACCCACCUGCUAAGGUUCCUUCCCUUCGAUUUAUUCGUUCUUGCUCUUCCAGUCUAGCACCGGCUACUCUUGAGGCCCUCGAAAAACAUUUCAAAGCGCCAGUUUUAGAAGCCUAUGCAAUGACAGAAGCUUCUCAUCAGAUGACAUCCAAUCCAUUACCUCAUCGCGGAUUUCAUAGGGCUGGAUCAGUUGGUAUUGGUCAAGGCGUUGAAGUAGUUAUAUUGGAUGAACAAGGCAAUCCUACCGAAUUAGGUGAAGUCUGUAUCCGUGGUAAGAAUGUUACCAAAGGUUACUUGAAUAACCCCAAGGCUACUGCUGAAUCUUUCACCAAAGAUGGCUUUUUCCGUACCGGCGAUCAAGGGAAAAAGGACAAGGACGGUUAUUUGAUAUUAACAGGUCGCAUCAAGGAAUUGAUCAAUCGCGGUGGCGAAAAGAUUUCUCCUAUCGAAUUGGAUUCAGUAAUGUUGAGUCAUCCAAACGUGGCUGAAGCUGUCAGUUUUGCUGUACCUGAUGAUAUGUAUGGUCAAGAAGUCCAUGCUGCUGUUGUAUUAAAGAGUGAUGCAAAGGAGAGCGAAAAGGCCUUUGAACGUGAAUUGCAAGAAUACUGCUUGACUAAACUUGCUAAAUUCAAGAUCCCAAAACGUGUCUAUGUUACUGACGUUAUGCCUAAAACAGCUACCGGUAAGAUUCAACGUCGUAAGAUAUGCGAGGUCUUCUUCAAAGAACCUGCGAAGCCCCAAGCUAAAUUGUAA